CCCCUCGUCUCGCGCCCGGCCACCGCUCCCGACGUCUCCGCGCCACGCCCGGACGGACCCUCCGCCCCGGCCCGCACCCCGCUCGCCCCGCGACCCCCCGCCCCGCUCGCAGACAUGUCCGAGGCCAAGAAUGGCCCCGAGUACGCCACCUUUUUCGGGGUCAUGGGCGCCACGGCCGCCAUGAUCUUCAGCGCCCUGGGGGCGGCGUAUGGCACCGCCAAGAGUGGCACGGGCAUCGCCGCCAUGUCGGUGAUGCGACCAGAGCUGAUUAUGAAGUCCAUCAUCCCGGUGGUCAUGGCAGGCAUCAUAGCCAUCUACGGCCUUGUGGUGGCCGUGCUCAUCGCCAACUCUCUGAAUGACGGCAUCACCCUGUACAGGAGCUUCCUGCAGCUGGGCGCCGGCCUGAGCGUGGGCCUGAGUGGGCUGGCAGCUGGCUUUGCCAUCGGUAUCGUGGGGGACGCGGGCGUACGUGGCACUGCCCAGCAGCCCCGGCUCUUCGUGGGAAUGAUCCUGAUUCUCAUCUUUGCGGAGGUGCUGGGCCUGUACGGGCUCAUUGUCGCCCUCAUCCUCUCCACGAAGUAGCCCCGCCUGUUCCUGUUCCCGGGAAGCCAGAAUCCAGAAUCCCGCGUCAAGUCCUCCCCACCCCACCCCCCAUCAUUCCAAAGCAACCACUUCCCAGGCCCAGGGCUGCCGCCGCCCCCCAGUAGCUGGUCUUGUAAAUGCGCAGUGUCCUAGUGCCCGUGUCUGUGGUCCCCCAUCCGCCCCACCGCACCCCACCCCGCGCCCUGGACGCCGGCCCACUUUCCCCUGGGGCCGACUGAGGACGCCCACGCUGCCCCCACCCGCCCCGAGUGCUGUGUUGAGGGUGAUCGCACCCCGUUUUCUCCACUGGAUGUUUAUUUAUAAAAGAUUUGACCUGUUCAUACAGCUCCCAAUAAGUCGUCCUCCCGGCGAGUCGCUCGCUCCGUGGGGGUCCGCGCCUGGGGGGAGCGCCCUGGGCAGGGCCGGCGCCCGAGUGGCUAAUAAAAGUUGUCAGAUGUGA